CUCACUUCUUAUUGGAUUUUCGAAGAAGUGGUACGUUUUAUGAGUCGGAAGUCAAUAUUCGUAAAAUAUACUGUUGUAGAGUGGCGCGAUACAGCAAUAAAGUGAUUAUACGUGCAUAUAUUUGUAUGUACAUAUGUCAAAAGAUUCGUUUUGUUUAUGUUAACUGUUAAUAAUUGAUAAAAAAUUGUGAUCAAUUGUUUGCAGUUAAAUUAUUAAUAGUUUUAAUAAUCAUAUGUAUCUAAAGUAUAAGUACAUACAUAUGUAUGUAUAUGCCAGCUGUAAUUAAACACAAAAUCCACACUUCGCUUCGUUUUUCUCUUAAUUCAAUUUAAAUAUACAAUCAUAUACACGAUGGAGCCAAGUUUUGAUGGUUGGGACUUUGCCGUACUGAUUACUGUACUGUCAAUUUCGGCUUCGAUUGGUAUUUACUAUCGCUAUACGGGCGGAAAGCAGAAAACAAUCAAAGAAUACCUCUUGGCCGAUCAGAGUAUGACCACAUUUCCGGUUGCUGUGAGCUUGAUGGCGAGUUUUAUGUCCUCCAUUUCAUUACUGGGUAUCUCCAAUGAGAGUUAUCAAUUUGGCACCAUGUUUUGUAUAAUCAAUUUGUCAUACAUCAUAAGCACACCAAUUACAGUAUAUUUAUUUCUACCGGUUUUCUAUCGUAUGCGCACAAUGAGCGUUUAUGAAUACUUGGAACGUCGUUUUGGUCGUUCAACACGUCUGGCCGCUUCGAUUGCCUACUCCAUACAGAUGAUACUUUACACGGGUAUUGUGCUUUAUGCGCCUGCAUUAGCACUCGAAGCUGUUACCGGUGUGAGCAAAGUUACCGCUAUAUCAGCUAUUGGCUUAAUAUGUACCUUCUACUCGACUAUUGGUGGUCUAAAAGCUGUGCUUAUAACCGAUGUCUUUCAAUCGAUUUUAAUGUUCGUUGCCAUUUACGCAGUAAUUGUGGUGUCGGCGAUCAAAGCUGGUGGUUUGGCGCCAAUUUGGCAAGUAGCCGAGGCGCGUAAUCGUAUAUAUUUCACCGACUUUUCUCUGGAUCCCACUGUGCGACAUAGUUGGUUGAGUCUCAUCAUUGGCGGUAUGGUGAUAUAUAUGUCAGUGAAUGCUGUCAAUCAGGUGCAAGUGCAACGGUUAUUGAGUGUACGUAAUUUGAAGAGUGCCCAAGCGGCGCUUUGGUGGAAUGUACCCAUACUGAGCGCACUAAGCCUAAGCACAUUAUUCAGUGGUUUAGCGAUAUUUCAUUAUUACAAAGACUGUGAUCCCCUGCUGGAGGGUAGAAUAGAAUCGAGAGAUCAACUGAUGCCUAUAUUUGCGGUGGAUACAAUGGGUCAAUAUCCUGGUUUAUGUGGUCUCUUCGUAUCGGGUAUCUUUUCCGCCAGUCUUUCAAGUGUUUCAUCAGCGGUUAGCUCAUUAUCGACUGUAACGCUAGAGGACUAUAUCAAACCAUUGUAUAAACACUUUACGAAAACACCGUUACAUGAAAUAGAAUCAACACUGCCGAGUAAGAUUAUGGCCUGCAUUUAUGGGGUUGUCUGCAUUGGUAUGGCAUUCACGGCCAGUUCUAUGGGUGGUGUUCUACAGGCAUCGCUCACCAUUUUCGGCGUAGUCGGUGGACCAUUGUUGGCACUUUUCACACUCGGCUUAUUUACGACGCGUGCAAAUCAACGUGGCGUACUUUUAGGCUUACUAAUCGGUUUGAUAUUCUCCUUCAUUAUCGGUUUUGGUGGUCCGAAACAACCACCAACCACCUUAGAUUUUAAAGAUGAUGGUUGCCCAGCUGCUGGUAAUAUGACUUUGGCCGUCGCGGCCCUUACACAUUCGUUCAAUAUGACAACUGCGCAACCAACAACAGCAUUGCCACCAAUUGAAUACAACUGGUUCUACAGAUUGUCUUAUAUGUGGUACUGCGUAAUUGGUUUUUUAAUUACAUUAAUUGGUGGUUACGUUUUAAGUUUGCUAUUGGAGGCCCUGAAAUGGGCUGAUAAUAAACAAAUCUAUCUAGAUCAUCAACAAAUCGAUGUAGAUUUAUUCAUACCACCGCUGGCGCGAAGAUUAAGAAGACAUGAUGCUGAAGAAAUGACAAAGUUCUAAAGUGUCUAGAAAAAUAAAAGCGCCUUCAGUUUUAUGUUAAAUUUGCUACUUAAUUAGGUAGAAUUUUUUUUUCUAAAUUAAUUAGUUAAUUGACUUGUAACAUCCGAGCUUGCUUCUUUGCAUUUAGUUUUAAGAAAGUAGAGCCAAACUAACUGUUAAAUCAUAUUAUAGCCAUUUUUUAGGUUUAUACUGCAUAAAUACUUAAUAAUUGCUAAUUUUUAAUGUUUAAGGUUUUAUAAAAUUCAUUAUCAAUUAAAAACUGCACUUUCUGUACUUAAAAAGAAUAUAUAAAUAUUAUUUAAUUAUGACUAGUUCUACUUAAUUAUUUUAAAUUGUCAGCUUUAAAUUAUUGAAAGUAAAAUCGUUUAGCUGUAAAGCUUUAUAGAAUUCUAGUUAGCUAAUAUCAAGAAAGAUCUAAAAUAGUUAGUUUGUCAAUUUUAAGCACAUUACUCAUAAAUGUAUAAUAUAUUAGAUUUUAAGUUUAUAUCUCACUCAGGAAAAUGUUACUAUUUUUAGAGUUAUUUACAGAAACGAAAUAAAAACUCUAAAAUAAUUGUAUUCGAAAUAAAUUGCUAAAAAUAUGUAUUUACUAAAAUAUCAUACAUUUGUGUCAGAUAUACAAGAAUAUAUCUCACUCUAUAAAAUUUAUAUUUACAUAUAAAAAAAUAAAAAAUAUGUACCUUAGAAAAAAAAUAAAUAAAAAUGGUUUUUUAAAAGUAAUGACAACAGAAAAAAAUAAACAAAACCAAAGUUGCCAAAUCGAACAAACUUAUAUAUUGUAUAUGUAUACCUACUCAAAAUCGUAUAAAAUAUAAAUGCUCUAUUUUUGAUGGAAUUUCCUUGAAUCUACAAAUCUACGAGUAUACAAAAAAUUAUCUAAAAUAUUUAAUUGUGUUAAGGUCUGCUGUAAGCACGUGAAAAACUCAGUCAGACAAAUAUUAAUGCUUAACAGCAUAAUGGCUAGGAAGCACAUAUUUACAUACUUACACAUAUGUAUUGAUACAUAACUCAUGAUUUUAUAAAAGCAAAUUUACAAUAAAUCAGACUUAUAUACAAUUUUUUAAUAAAUAAUCUCUGAAAACCAGUAAAGUAUUAAUUUGAAUUUGUUUAGAAUAUCGUAAUAUUUAUUGAGGAAAUAUCUGAACCAAAUAAAAUUAACAAGUGUGUCUAGCCUAUAAGUGAUAAUAAAGGCGACAAUAAAUAAUUUUCUCAUGCUCAUAUUAUGCCGACA